CGCAAUAACAAUAAAUCACUCAAGCGUGGACCCCCAGGUGGCAGAACCAUGGGCGGUGACCUUCUCCCCGGUCAUCACCGAGGCCCCGCUAUUGGCCCGCGUUAGGCGCGUCGCGUCACUUGUCUGGACGGCAAUUACACGCGAUUGGAGUUCAACCACCAGGCGAUAUGGCGUCAAACGAUGAUGCCAAAGCAGAGCGCGAAGAGCGGCUCAAAUCUGCCCUCUGGUACUCAAUCGGCCAAUUCGUCGACGAGAAGACGUUGGAAAAUGAUCUGAACGCAACACCACAAUUCAUCGGCGCGCUUACUGAGCUUGUGUAUACUCAGAUUGCAAACACAGCUCGCGAUCUCGAAGUCUUCUCCAAACACGCCGGUCGCAAUACAAUCAAUACAGACGACGUGCUGCUACUAGGGAGACGCAACGAACAAUUACAAGGGUUGCUGGAGAAGGAGCUUGAGGAUAUCAGAGCAGCCGAGGGCAGGCGGGCAGACGGACAGCCAGUUGCUCGUGCACAACCAGCCGCGGCAGGGAAGAAGCGAGGUAGGCCUGCUGGCACGGGCAAGGGCAAGGCGAAAGCCUGAAUAUACUUGGGGAUUCAGGUAUAGGUAUGUCUAGAAGGUUGUUGCGCUAGGAGUUUUGGAGUCGUAGUAUGAUACCCUCGAGCACGCCUAGUCAGGGCACGCUCUGCACGUACAUCUUAUGCAUAUGAUUAUGAUUGGACAUUUCAUGAAACAACA